GUAUUGGGAAAUCGCGCAUGUAUCAUUCACGUACCACACUGACUGUACCAUCUAAUAGACGAUAAUCCGCCCAGCGGAAGUGAUCACCGGAUUAUCCUAGUGUGUGAGCAAUUAGGCAGGAAUUUCAUUACACGCGCAGUUGCCCCCGAGACACCAUUGCACGGGUAGCAAGCAGGGGCAAAUGUUUUGUAUACACACUCAUCCAUAGUAGGCUGGCAGAGAGGGAAAGCGGGAGCGAGAUAGAGCGAUCGCAAAGGGAAAGGAAGGAGAAGUGAAUCCUUCUGAUAAGAUUUGCCCCGAGACUCGCUUCCAGUUCCAGUGUGCGUAAUCAUUGUUGUCUGGGCGGCCUGUUGACCGUUCUCUCCCUUCCCGGCAGGCGCAGGGCAAACAAUCUGUAACACAACGUUGCUCCACAUUUCAUUUCGUUAAUCGCGAUGCUUUCGGUGCUCCUCGUGCGGACAUACUCUGGACCGGUCUUGCUUAAAUUACUGCGAACGGAGGCGUGCUGCUGUUGGUUCGUGCAAUUCCUGACGGUCGGGUUGCAGUAACCGCGGGAGCAGAUCGAGCCACCGCAUCCAGUGUGUGUCUAUGAAGGCGGUUCCUGAUAGUUGAAAACAGUGUUAAUCCCGAAGGAAACCAGUCGUGGGGGUCAUCGCGCACCGCACCCCGGCACUCCGGCCCCCCGCUUGAGGUGAUGCAAUUUAUUCGCAACAGCCUUUCGUUUUCGUUCAUCAGCAACCCGGGAAGCACCCAGCAGCGAUCGCCCGAAAAUGGACCGUCGGAGGCGAUGGCGCCGGACGAUGGCAAGCUGCCCCGGUCGGCAUCGAACGUGAGCGAACAGACACAGUAUGCGACGGUGCGGUCGAAGCUACCGCUGAACCUGGGCAGCCCACCGUCCGCGUACAGCACACCGUUCCAGAGCCCGGUCAUCCCUAGCCGCACCUUUCCGACGCUGGCCGGUGCCGCGGCAACACUGAACGGAGCGGCCACCGACGGGCGGGAUGACUCAGGCAACGGCACGAUGAAACCGGAGCGUAGCAGCAAGGUGUACUUCAUCGAGCAGGGCCAGCUGCAGACGGACUACGAGCUGCCGGAACGGCCAGGGCAGCCGGCGCGUGGUGCCAGCCUGAACAGUGGCAUUGUGAAUCCUGCCUUCACCAACGACGCCGGCGCCACCGUGAUAAACAUGUCCAGCACACAACCCAGCGUUAUACGCGAACAGUACUGGACGUGGUCGUGUCGAUGCCGGCGGGAGCUCACCCCACGCGAGAAAGCUCUGCUCAUUGUGAUCUUUAUUCUGGUGCUGGUCAUUGGAGGGCUCGCAACGUACCUGGGCAUUGUGGUGGAUAGUGAUGAUGGGAUUACUGGAGGCAUCCUUACGAGAAGUAUGCUUGAACCAGUGACAACCCAUCAGUAGGGCCGAUCAGUGAUAAUCAUCAGCCGAUCAUACCGCGCAUCACGGAAACACGUCCCAUCGAGAAAGUGCUCUAGCUUAAAACGGAACUCUAUACCGAUAAGACUGCAGAAUCACACAGGUUUUUCAUCCCAUGACGUUUGCGGCGGAAGUUAUACGAACGCAUGGCAUACAAAAGUACAUACACAGACACACUUAGCUACUAGUAUUCGUACGUCUCUCGAUAGAUAUAUUUUAGCCAGUUUACAGAGUACACUUCGAUAAACCGAAACAGGCCGGUUCCUUCAAGUAAGCAUCUCUUCUAAUAAUUGAAAGAAGAAAAGAAAAACAUCCCUAAUUCAAGCGACACAGUAUAAAAUGGUCAGUUUUUAAUUUGUAAAGCUAUUUUCUAAGAGAUGGUGUAACCUAAUCCCAAAUACACACUUAAUCACAAAAUGAAGAA